AUGUGUGUAUGUAUAUAUGUCUAUCUAUCUAUCUAUCUAUCUAUCUAUCUAUCUAUCUAUCUAUCUGCUUUCUCUAUGUGUCUUUCUCUUCUGAUUGCAAAGCAUAAUCAAUCUAACUUUACUCUCUGUUAUCUAUCUAUCUAUCUAUCUAUCUAUCUAUCUAUCUAUCUAUCUAUCUAUCAUGUUACCUUUCACAUUAUAAUAUCUAUCUAUCUAUCUAUCUAUCUAUCUAUCUAUCUAUCUAUCUAUGUGUGGGAAGAUGAGACAAAGCUCUGUUCAUAUCUAUCUAUCUAUCUAUCUAUCUAUCUAUCUAUCUAUCUAUCUAUCUAUCUCAGCCUGUUCAUAUCUAUCUAUCUAUCUAUCUAUCUAUCUAUCUAUCUAUCUAUCUAUCUAUCUAGCCUGUUCAUAUCUAUCUAUCUCCUAUCUGUCUAUCUAUCUAUCUCUCAGCCUGUUCUAUCUAUCUAUCUAUCUAUCUAUCUAUCUAUCUAUCCUCUUCUAUCUAUCUAUCUAUCUAUCUAUCUAUCUAUCUAUCUAUCUAUCUAUCUAUCUAUCUAUCUAUCUAGUGAUUUAGCAAUAAUUACUUUCUGCAACAAAGCCGACGAGAUCUGUUCUUUCAAAUCAAUAUUUCUAGAUAUUUGCUGUUUCUAUCUAUCUAUCUAUCUAUCUAUCUAUCUAUAUGCAUAG